UACAGGAAGUGAGUUUGCAGUCAGAUGCCGAGCUGUUGCGGCACUCAGGUCAUUGCAGUAAAGACUUGCGAACAUGGCUCUUCUCUAGUAUCAGACUCCGCUGCCACAAUGCCCUGUUUGGGCCAUCAUCUCUCUCACCACACUUGAUGCCAUCACAGCAGGCAAGUUUUAAAUCCGACAGACCGGAGUCUGGUCCAUCUGGAGGAUGGGGAAUAUGAUGCGAAGUGUGAGUGCCACAGAAAAAGUCAACGGAGAAAACCUUGACAGCGCUCCAAAGGGCUCAGAAGACGACAUGGUGGUAGUGCUCCAGGACUACCCGGCUCCUGAAAUCAGCGAGCCCAUCUACAGGAUGGGGGAGAAGCUGAGAGUCAUUGCACAGGAGGCUUAUUGGUGGAGAGUCCGUUCUGUCCAAACAGGAAAGGAGAACUACAUACCCAACAGCCAUGUGGCAAAAGUGUACCAUGGUUGGCUGUUUGAGGGGGUGGAAAGGCAAAAGGCUGAAGAGUUGCUGCUUCUACCUGGAAACCGAGUGGGCUCCUUCCUGGUGCGGGAGAGCAUCAGGGAAAGAGGUCUGUACUCGCUCUCUGUGAAGCACAGGAGCGUAAAGCACUAUCGUAUCUUCAGACUGGACAACAGCUGGUACUACAUCUCUCCUCGACUCACUUUCCAGUGCCUUGAAGAUAUGAUCAACCACUACUCUGAUUCUGCAGAUGGCCUGUGUUGUGUGUUGACCUCUCCCUGUCUAUCCGGCAUAAUAUCGCCACCAGAUGCAACUCCUGAAGCGCCACCUGUAGUCAUGAGACGCAACUUUGACUGGAAGAAAAUAGACAGGAAGCAGCUGGUCAGCACAGAAAGCUGCAGCGACAACAUGGUGAGCUACGGCGUCAGGAACAGCAUCGCCGCCUACCUGUCCUUUUCCGGGAGUCAACAAGCCGCAGAGACGAAAGCAAAAAGCAGGAAGAGCAAGAGUAAAUCUGUUUAUGCCCUCCCUGAUAGUGGCCUCGCAAACAUUGACUACGAUGACGACCUCUAGAGACAACAGUGGGGUUUUUUGAAAAGACUGGAAUACCUUCACAUGGAAGGCAGUAGAGGGCAUCCUUCUCCAUCACAUUUCUCACAUCGAACCAAUAUUUGUGUUAAACAUUACAGACACUAGCCGUGUUUCCAUUUAAUGUGAAUGUUGUGAAUGCUACGUCAGAACUUAUUCGCCAAAGCUGUUUCCACCUCCCAUUUAGCACAUUAACUCUUCUUCAGAAAAGGCAAGAACCACCUCAAGUGAGCGUAAGAACUUUUUUUUUGCGAAAUUGAGGAUGUUUUUUCGAAUUUUGCCAUUUCCGUUGACAUUUUCUGAUGCGAUACUUCAAAAUACGUUGAUGGAAACACGGCUGUUGAAGUUUCUAACGUGAGUACUUUGAAGAACUUUAACAAUAACACAAACCAUCAUGACCCCACAUGGUACACUUACACUUCGACUCAGCUGAUCAAGGAACAAGGAACUAAAAUAUGGAGCUUAACUGGACGAUUGUGCAAUUGAACUGCAAUGUGUGUUUUCUAUACAUGAGCCAGAAAAACCAACAGCCUGGCAUUAUGAUAGUUACAAAGGAGACUUGAAUGCUGUAGGAAUGUUAAUAUGUAUAUGAGUAUUAAUGGCUUUCAAACUAUUUUCUUAGGCUCUUACAGUAAUAAAUGCUAGAUGGUAAAAUGGCCAUACUGUGACACCAACUUAAACCUUUAUUUAUUGAAUGGGUUUUUUUGUUUUCACCCUCAAAAGUUGAUAUGGUUAGCAUUUUGUCAACAUGUUAGCACACAAUAGCUUAUUUAGACAUUAAGAUAGGCAGCAACAUUAGCAUUUAUUUGGAGUCAUGUUCGUGUUCACCUGGUGAAAGUGAGUCCAAUAUUUACUCUUUUAGCUGUUUUGCUCUCAUCAACUCAUGAGGAAAACAUCCGGCUCUUGCUAUUUAUCUAUGUGCUAAAUGCUCCACUGUGGUCACCAACCAGUCACUAAUUUGUCUGUUGUUUAGUGGUGGUCAGGUAGUUCACAGUGGAAAAAAUCUCCCAGCUGUGGCUGGAAACUAUGCCUAUGAGAGCUGUGAGAUUGAGUCAAAAAAUGUUGUGGAUCAGAAACCAAAACAAUCCCUUUAAAUACCACCAACCACCAUUUGUUGAACUCCCUCUGUCAAGUUGUGGUUACUAUUGAACGUGUGACGGUCUCACUAAUUCCACAUGGGCACCAUAUGACAGGCUGACUUACUUAACUUAACUGCUAUUUAAUAAGAUGAUAAAUUCACAGCAUAUCUUGAAUAAUGGCAUGCGAAACGUAAAUAUUUAUCACCACAACAGCAGAAUUAGUGGUGUCAGCAAAACCUAAAAACAAAACUCCUCUAACUUUUGAACAUUUGUGCUUGAGCAACUUCCUCUUUCGUAUUAAAGGGCUUGAUUUUAAUAUUUUUAACCCCUAAGCAUAAGAGGAGACCGUAUGUGAACACAUAUACUUGGUUCUAAGUAAAAAAAAGCAGCAGCAUGUGUUGUUAUCUUUAGCUUUUCUAGUCCUUGCUGGUGCAUCUGAGUCAGAAAGCGAUGCAUGAUAAAUAUGUCUGAGAAUGCAAACAGAAGCAGGGCAGAGUCAUUCUCUAACUGAGCAAAAGUUUAAGUCAUCAACAUGCCAUUACUGUUGAAAAAGGAAAGAUCUCUUCACAGUUUAACACCAGUUAAUAUGAAGUUUCAUGCUUUCAGUUUUUAAUUCACAGGGAACGUUUACAGAAAACUGUCUGAGAAGGGUUCCAGGAAGUUGAUGUAUAUUCAGACUAAUGUGCUACAAAGUGGGCAACCUUGCCAAUCUAAUUUAGUAGUUUUCAUUAAAUGAGCCAUCAUGAGCCAAGUGUUUGUGACUGGACAAGACAAGCUCAGCACUUUCUUCUCAGUUUAAGAGCAGGAUCAAAUACUUGUGUUGCCUGGUUUUAAGAUCUCAUAAAAUACCUGCAAGUAACCGAUUGAGAGAGAAGUCAGGCAGUGUUUGUGUGUGUUAAGUGGAACAAUCAGUGAUGCAGACACAAACAUCUGGUAGCCUACUGCUGCACCAUGCAGAAACUGCAGUCCAGUCAGCAUUACUCACUCCUCACAUCAGGCUGCCUCUCUAGACCAUGUGGAACCAGUCUAGAAAACUCUGGAGACCAAUCCAAUGUGAAGUGAAAUCAUGUUUUUCCUAAAGGGCUUAUCAGUGACUUCAUGAUUCAUUGAUAGCUAUGGUCUGACGUUGUGUGUUACAACCACGAAGAAAAAGUCUCUGAAUCAGACUGAAGGCAAAGUUACUGGAAGGGUGAUUUAUCAAAUGGAACUUAUAUAUUCAAAUGAAAUGUAACUCUCCCUUUGACCCAUCUACUCAUCCAUAUUCACAUUCAAAAAAAACAACAACCUCUACCCUGAAACCAUGUGAAUAUUUACUGUAAUAACAAUGCAGAUAAGAAAGACAAUAUUCCAUCACGCUGACAAUGUGUGUGUGUACAUGGUGAAAACAAAGGCCCUCAGUUGGGCGAAAAGCGGAAGAAUUACAGCCUUACAACCUUAACAAAAGCAGACACCCGCACAGUGGAUGUUGUUUUACGAGAAAAUCCGGGGCUCAAGACGACUUUAUGAUGAGACAAGUUGAGUCCGUUGUUCUCCAUCUGAAUUUUGUUUGAUGUUAUAGUGGAUGCAAGCACCAAGGAAAACACCCGAACAAUGCGCUCUGUCUUUUUUUUUUUCUGAACAAAAACAAGAAGAGGAAGGAGAGCUGAGGCCCGUCCUUGUCUCUGUCUCUAGGAAUGGGACCAGAGCAUGGAGAGAAAAGGGGGAUAAGUGAAGGAAAUUAAGAGAUGGAGGGAGAUCCCUGUUCCUACAGCCUGUUUUCUGUAAUCAGGUUCUUCUAAUCUGGCCACAUCCUCCCCUCUACCCCCAGGCCCAGCUGUCCAAACCUCUGACUUCAUCACUUUAGCAUUGGAUGCUCUCUAAUGUGCUGCAAAAAAAUUCAGAUAAAUGUUUGCUUUGCUCAAUCAAAAACGCACGCUGUACUUUUCU